AUGAGUUCGACAAUAAGUAGCGCAACGGCUGCGACUGUACCUCCCACCCCGAAGCAGAUCCGGUUUGUUAACAACGAGGGCCAGCCACCUGCAAAACGGAGAAGAAUCAAUGCUGCUUGUCGAACAUGCCGGAAGCGAAAGACAAGAUGCGAUGGCAAGCGGCCACUCUGCUCAACAUGUACGGAGAAUGGCCAUGAGUGCUUAGGAUAUGCGGAGAUAGGGGAGGCCCAUAUCAGCAAGAAGGAACACAAGGACUCGGAUUCGAUGAGGAACGGGGAGGAAGAUCCUGAAGUCGAGGACGAGGACAAGGCUGGCCAUUCUACCUCAUCCCCGGAAAACGAACGGCGUAGCAUGACACACGGCAGUCCUGACCUUCGCCGCAUCAACUCGAAUCCUCAAUCAUAUCUUGAUGCUCGACGCAGUCCGCACGAGGGUAUCAGGAACAUGCUGGAGAAAGGAUCCGCUAUGAAUUUUGGCAAUGACUAUAGGGAAUCGGCAGUGUACUCUGAAGAAGGAUCAACUCCGAUGGACCUGCCGCGGCCGCCGCGCACCGAUAACCACCGAGUCCCAUACUUCCGUUAUUUUGGACCUACAGCUAUAGUUCCGGGGUUCAAGCAAAUGGUUGUAUCGGUUCGAGAACAUCGCCGUAGCACAGGCGCUGGGUCUGCUGUAGCAAUGUCCCCUGGAGCUGCUAGUUACGGUGGGGGAAGCGGAUCUGGGCAUGGAGGCGCGUCUUCACUUGCGGGAAGUGAGACAAGGCACUCUGUUGAUAUGCCUAUAUAUGACCGAGAUGACCCGUUACCUGUUAACCGGCUGAUCAUUCACCUUGUCGAGACAUUCUUUACGCAUUUGGGAUGCAACUAUCCGUUUCUACGGCGGCGGCCCUUCAUACAAUGUGUUGAAGACCGGUCUGCCGAGGCGAUUCUGGUGGAUGCGGUUUGCGCUCUAGGUGCGCGUUUUUCCGACCAUCCUUUGCUAAUCGGUUCUCAUGAUCCAUCGUACCCAAAAUCCGACUAUGGAAAUGUAUUCGCUCAACGAGCAAAAGCUGCUGUGGUGGACCAAUUCCCAUGCCCCACAGUUGCAGCAACCCAAGCUUGUCUAUUGCUUGCCUACGAAAGCUUCGGGGCUAACCAAGACAGCGCGCUAUGGAUGUACCUGGGAUGUGCAAUCCGUAUGGCCGUGGACCUUGGCUUACAGAAGCUUGAUGGCGUCAAACAUCAAGGCGAAAAAGACCCGCGAAGUUAUAGCCAGAGCAACGACAGCGGGCCGUCUGAACCUACCUCCAUAAGUGCCCAGGAAAAGAAAGAGGUGGAACAAGAACGCAUCGAUACGCUCUGGGCCGUAUUUAUGUUAGACAGGGUUAUUUCCUCCGGUACUGGUCGGCCAGCAACACUGAGAGACGAAGACUUUGAACUUGCAUUCCCCGCCGUUACAAACAACAGUGAGAGCGACUGGCCGAACCCCUUUCCAACACUGAUACAAAUUAUACACUUAUAUGGCCGGGUGUCCGAUUUGCUGAAUAACAUUAGAAACGUCCAAGAUGUUACUCCAAAGAAGAUUGAAGGUCUUGCUGGGAUGGAGAAAGACCUCACCGAGAUUUACCAACGGCUUGAUCAAAGAUUGACUUUCAAUGCGCCGAAUUUCCAGCAUUACGUCAAGUCAGGGGAAGGCACCAAUUUCAUCCUUUUGCACUUCUGGUUCCAUACGCUCAUCAUGCUACUUCAUCAGCCAACAUUAAUGCACUCAUUCGAAGGACAGAUUUUGCAAUUAUUGCCCAACAGCCGCGAACUCAGCAUGUCAUCAGCUAAGACAAUUGCGGAUAUUCUUGCAUUUGCAGAGCUUAUUGAUCCUAGAAGCUUCAUCGGCAAUCCAUUUACAAGCCAGCCCAUGUAUAUCGCGGCAUGUGCGUUCCUGAUGGAGUCAGCAGUGCAUAGUUCGCAGCCUACAUCGCGAGAGAUUAGCCCUCCAGGUCAUGUUUUGAAAAAAAUGAUAUCAAAAGACUUAAAAGGGGACCGAACUGAUGCGAAAGAGCAAAAGAAGCAUUCUUUGUUGGCGUCCGCUGCCAACCAAAACUAUCAACGGUGUUAUAAAGCGCUGCAACAGCUAGAAGUUUACUGGGCUGGGACGAGAUAUAUUUUGGUAGCGCUCGACCAAAAAGCCAAAGGAAUCUGGGACCCGGAGACGUUCACCGAGCAAGAAUACGAGUCUACCAAAGUCAAGCACGAUAUGAUUCCAAAUUGGCAGACUAAGCUGUCAUUGGCCGCACCAUCCCCUGCCCAACUUGCCGAUCUACUCCCACCGCGAAUAGAGCAGGCACAAGGCUCACCUCAAAUUAGCCAUACUCAAGCCAUCGGAUGGUCGUUGACUGGGACGACCAACUCUCCUAGUUCAAAUUUAACCUUCAUGUACCCAAGCAUGAACGGUGAACAAAGCCAGCCUUCACAGCCCCGUCCGGCUCCGCCGUCCCAGCCCGCAGCUGGAAAUAUGAUAUAUGAUCCUAUUCGCCAAAGCCUGCCCGAAGCAACUGCUGCUCCUACCACCACCGUUACUUAUCCUCCACGGUAUCAAUCGUAUAGUACACAGGCACGUCAAAAUAUGCCACCACCGGCACCAAGAUUUCCGUCGGUCGCUUCUGACGGGACAACGACGUCAGAUGCUGAAAUGCUACUUGGAUUACAGAACUCUGCGUAUGCUAGCCCACAUACGCCUAGCUCCCACUAUCCCUAUGAUCCAACACAGAAUGUUACAUCACCGACCAGCACCCGCCAUGAUCCAGUCACUACCCCUUACGACUUUUCACAAAAUAAUGACGGCAUGUUCGGCAUGCAUGGUGAUAUGGGCCUUGGGGGCAUGGGUGACGUGAUGAUGGAAAGUCAAGAUAUUGACAUGUCUGCGCUCGGCGGAGACAUGAUGCCAUGGCUCGAAUAUCUGCCUCAAGAUGUUCUAAAUUUCUUCGACAGUGGAAACAAUGCCCCCAUAACUGGACCUGGGCCCUUGAAUGAAAAUAUGGAUAUAGGCACCAUAACGACGGUCGAGGCCAAGUUCGAAUCUAUUGAUUAA